AUGAAGCUCUCUCCUCCCGUCGAGGACGGUUUGGUGACCAGCUGUAACUGCUCUAUCUGUUCCACUAAUGGGUAUCUUAUGGUCUAUCCCUUGGAAUCCAACAUCACAUGGCAUAGUGGCUUCGACUCAAUGACAACCUACACAUUCGGCAAGGAAAAGAUCGCGCACUCUUUCUGCUCGACCUGCGGGACGAGCAUUGGCGGGAAAAGCACCGAUGCAUCCUUCUUCGCCGAUAAUCGAGCUGUGAAUGUAAGUUAA